AUGAACUCUAUGAGGGAUCCAUUAAACACAGACCACCACCACCUAACAGGGAAUAAACUCGCCUCCACACACUACACGGCUCUGGCGAUGGCCUCUAGUUUACAGCCGCUGCAGCGGUCUGUGGACUCGAAACACCGGUUGGAGGUGCACAGCGUGUCGGACACGUCCAGUCCGGAGUCUGUUGAAAAAGAAAAGAUCCAAAACAAAAACGACGACUCCUCGGAUGACCCCUCCAAAAAGAAGCGGCAGCGGCGGCAGAGGACUCACUUCACCAGCCAACAGCUGCAGGAACUGGAGGCCACUUUCCAGCGGAAUCGCUAUCCGGACAUGAGCACGAGGGAGGAGAUAGCCGUGUGGACCAACCUCACAGAGGCCCGGGUCAGGGUUUGGUUCAAGAACCGGCGAGCCAAAUGGAGAAAACGGGAAAGAAACCAACAAGCCGAGCUUUGCAAAAACGGCUUCGGCCCGCAGUUCAAUGGACUCAUGCAGCCCUACGACGACAUGUACCCCAGCUACACGUACAACAACUGGGCCGCCAAGGGCCUCACGUCGGCCUCCUUAUCCACCAAAAGCUUCCCCUUCUUCAACUCCAUGAAUGUCAACCCCUUGUCCUCGCAGACCAUGUUCUCGCCGCCCAACUCCAUAUCCUCCAUGACUUCCAGCAUGGUGCCGUCGGCGGUCACGGGCGUGCCGGGCUCCAGCCUCAACAGCCUCAAUAACUUGAACAACCUCAGUAACCCGUCUCUCAACUCCGGGGUGCCCACGCCGGCGUGCCCCUACGCGCCGCCGACCCCUCCUUAUGUGUACAGGGACACUUGUAACUCCAGCCUGGCCAGCCUGAGACUGAAAGCCAAGCAGCACUCGAGUUUUGGAUACGCCAGUGUGCAGAAUCCGGCGACUAAUCUGAGCGCUUGCCAAUACGCCGUGGACAGACCAGUCUAA